AUGGCUCGACCAAAGGCUACGGCGAAGAAAGUAAUGGACACGGUGGCGGCAGCGGUGGAGGACGCGGCUGGAGAUGCGGUCAAGGCUGCGGACCCCGUCGCACUCGCAACCUCGAUCGCCGUGCCCGCCGUAGAGGCUGCUGCUGAGGUUGCCCAGACUCAGGGAGUGCCUGAGCCUCUGAAGCGUGUGAAGCGUGCGCAACUGCCGAGUGGUGUCCGCUUUGCCCUGGUUGCCGUGCUGAGCUUUUACCUCGAGUCACUCGGGCGCUCCCUGGUGGUGGAAUACACCCACGGCGAGCUGGCCAAGGUUGCUAGACCCGCCUCGUCUCUGACGCAGACGGAAGCGCUUGCGUUGGCGGGUUGGAAACUAUUUGGACUCGCCCUGGGUUGGUACGGAAACUAUGACGGUUUCGACCUUGCUGCUCUGGCUAUCCUUUCUCAUGGUCCAAUGGCCUACCUGAUCUCUACUUACUAUGGUAUCCGUGCUUCGACUGCCGGCGCCUACCUCGCUGUCGAGGUCGUAUCGACCUUCUUCCCCUUCCUCCUCUUGCGCAAGCUUUCGGGCGCCCACGCAGCCGCACCGGGUAUUCCCAACCGAGACAUCGUUGUCGACAGGCAGAUUCAGGUGCUUACCUCGAUGCUCUCUGCUCUCGUCUACAGCGUCACACUGUUCUUGGCCUGCAGGACUUUCCUCCCAACCAACUUUGUGCUCUACUUUGAGGGUAUCCGCACCAUUGAGCCUGCCCAAGACGCCCAGCUCUUUAGCUUCAACCGCCCGCUGACGCAGAUCCUCUGCCUGCUUUUCGGCGUGGCUGCGCGGACCUUAAUAUUUACUCCUUUCGUCGCCGCUUCGCCCACCGUCAAGGAUCAGGAGGUUGCGGAGUUUGAUCCGGCCACUGCCACCCUUGGACAGACCAUCUACUGGAACCUUUGGGGGUACACCACCCCGACCAAGGUCUCGGUCAAGAGGACUGCCGUGGCCAUGCUUUUCGCUGGUGUCGAUACCUAUCUGCAGGCUACCACUGUUCUCAGUGGCGUAGACUCAUAUGGAGCGGCUGUUUAUGCAAGCGUCUGGACUCUGGCUGCCAUGAUCACCGGUCUUGCCUUGAGAUAUGUAGGAAGCGUGUAA